UCCUGGAUUGUGUCUUAAUCUUAAACUAGUAACAGAAUUGUCUUUGAGAGAACACACAAAAAGAAUGAACUUGCAACCCUUUGCAUUACACCCUUCAACCUUUCCCAACACAAUCCCUUCACCUACACUCUUAGGCCACUGCACUUCCACAAAGCACCUUCAUCAUAUCCUCCCUCUCAUAAUCAAAAACGGUUCCUACAAUCAACAUUUGUGUCACACAAAACUCAUAAACCUGUUCUUCAAAUAUGGCACCAUCAAAGAAGCAUCUCGUGUAUUUGAGAGUGUUGAACACAAACAAGAUGCUCUUUACCAUACCAUGCUUAAAGGGUAUGCAAAAAACUCAACUUUAUGUGAUUCUUUGAGGUUUUAUAAUAGGAUGCAGAAUGAUGAAGUUAGGUUUGUAGUGUAUGAUUUUGCUUAUUUGUUGCAACUGUGUGGGAAAAAACUGGAGCUUGGAAGGGGUAGAGAGAUUCAUGGACAAGUAAUAGUUAAUGGGUUUGAGUAUAAUUUGUUUUCAAUGAUUGGUGUUAUGGAUUUUUAUGUGAAAUGCGGGGAGAUCGAUGAUGCGCGUAAGGUGUUUGAGAGAAUGUCGGAGAAGGAUUUGGUAGCUUGGACUAGUUUGGUUGCGGGAUAUGCGCAGACUGGUUUUCCUAGGAGAGCUUUGGAUUUGUUUUAUCAGAUGCAGGAAGCUGGCGAAAAGGCUGAUUCGGUUACGUUGGUGAGUGUUUUGCCUGCUGUUGCGGAUAUUAAGGAUUUGAGAAUUGGGAAGGCUAUUCAUGGUUAUGGUCUCAGAUUAGGAUUUGAGUCGAAGGUUAGUUUUAUGAAUGCGCUUUUGUAUAUGUACUUUGAAUGCGGGUGUGAGAGGAUUGCGAGAUUGGUUUUUGAGGGGAUGAGUAGCAAGUGUGUUGUUUCGUGGAAUACGAUGAUUGAUGGUUAUGCUCAAAUUGGAAAGUCGGAAGAAGCCUUUGCUAGUUUUUUGAAGAUGUUGGAUGAAGGAGUUGAGCCUACACGAGUUGCAGUGAUGGCAGCUUUGCAUGCUUGUGCUGAUUUAUGCAAUCCGGAACGAGGGAGAUUUGUUCAUAAUUUAGUGAUUCAGAUGAAACUUGAUUUUGAAAUUUCUGUUAUGAACUCUUUAAUAUCUAUGUAUUCGAAGUGUAAGAGAGUUGACGUCGCUGCCUCGCUUUUCGAUAAUUUGAAGAAGAAAACAAACGUCACGUGGAAUGCCAUGAUAUUGGGUUAUGCACAAAACGGACGUGUGAACGAGGCUCUACGUCUGUUCUGUAUGAUGCAAUCACAAGACAUUAAACUUGACUGCUUUACCUUAGUGGCUGUAAUUACCGCUCUAGCAGAUUUAUCAGUUAACCGCAAGGCGAAGUGGAUUCACGGACUUGCAGUAAGAACUUUUAUGGACAACGACGUCUUUGUUGCUACUGCUCUUGUUGACAUGUACGCAAAAUGCGGAGCCAUCCAAACUGCGAGAAAGCUUUUUGACAUGAUGCAAGAGCGACAUGUGAUAACAUGGAAUGCGAUGAUAGAUGGAUACGGGACACACGGCCUUGGAAAAGAAGCUCUUGAUCUCUUCAAUGAUAUGCAGAGCGAAGCUGUUUUGCCAAAUGAUACGACAUUUCUGUCUGUUAUCUCGGCUUGUAGUCACUCGGGUUUCGUGGAAGAGGGUCUCCGUUUCUUCCAAAGCAUGAAGGAAGAUUAUGGCUUGAAGCCUGCAAUGGAUCAUUAUAGUGCCGUUGUCGAUCUUCUUGGUCGUUCUGGCAAGCUAGACGAUGCUUGGAAUUUCAUCCAAGAGAUGCCUAUUAAACCAGGGAUUACCGUUUUAGGUGCAAUGUUAGGUGCUUGCAAAAUUCAUAAAAACGUUAAAUUGGGCGAAAAAGCUGCCGACAAACUAUUUGAGUUAGAUCCAGACGAGGGUGGCUAUCACGUCCUGCUCGCAAACAUGUAUGCAUCUGCAUCAAUGUGGGACAAAGUGGCCAAGGUGAGAACAGCCAUGGAGAAAAAGGGGCUGCAAAAAACUCCAGGCUGCAGUUUGGUUGAAUUGAGAAACGAAGUUCACGCAUUCUACUCAGGAAGCACGAAUCAUCCUCAAUCGAGAAGAAUCUAUGCUUUUCUCGAGACUCUUGGAGAUAAGAUAAGGGAUGCUGGUUAUGUGCCGGAUACCGAUUCUAUUCAUGACGUGGAGGAAGACGUGAAGGAACAACUGCUCAAUAGCCAUAGUGAGAGGCUUGCCAUUGCGUUCGGACUUUUGAACACAAGCCAUAGUACACCAAUACAUGUAAGGAAGAAUCUAAGAGUUUGUGGUGAUUGCCAUGAGGCCACUAAGUACAUGUCACUUGUGACGGGAAGGGAAAUUAUAGUGCGUGAUUUACGUAGGUUCCAUCAUUUUAAGAAUGGAAUCUGUUCCUGUGGCGAUUAUUGGUGAAUCAAUUAGAACGAGUGUGGAUUAAGGAUAGAAAACUAAAGAAAUUCUCUUGGACUGAUUUGAACAUCCAUGGUAGAUGCCCAUCUCCUAUCACUGUGCAGAAUCUAUACAUUCUAUGAACCUAACGACCGAAUCAGUUAAAACUUGCUCAAGGUGCUGUCUAAGUUGGACGUGAUAUACCAGAAGGUGGUUUCUUGGGUGCAACGGAACCUAAAACCAAAGUUAGCAGAAUCGAAUCGGAACAUGUCUUGUUAAUAUUAGCCUAGACAAUUAUGUGAUAAGGUUAGUAAUCAGGAAGCAGUGGAUAUUGCUCGUUGUUUUUUGUGUAAGCUACAAGUUAAUUAUCAUAAACUACUUAUGGAUUUGUUGAUACAUAAGUUGAGUCUGUAAAAAUUAUAUACAGAAUAUGAAUGUUUGAUUUAACUAAAUAUGUAAUUGAACUACCAAAUGUGUAUCGAUCUAGGCUCCGACACCAGAGGUUGAAAUAUUUUCUAUACACCCAGAUAGAAAUCAUGUAAAUAUCAAACUACAACAUAUUUGAUCACAAAAUAUAUACGAUAUGCUAAGAUUGAAAGUUAGUGCUAGGAGAUAAAACAAGAUAUUUUAGCAUAAUAUAUAUUAUGAUUUUUGACAUAAUUUUGUAUUCCAACACUUCCCCUCAAGAUAAAGCUUAAUAAGCUUUAGCUUGUGACAAGAAAAAAAUUGCUUUGCAAAUAAAUAAAUAAAAAUGGAUAGAAAGGCAAGUCAGGGAUGCAGAUGAAAUCGGAGAGAAUUACUAUAAAGAUAGUGUUGUUAAAUAGAUAGAAUGAUCAUUGGCCUAUGAGAAAUUGAUGGCAAGCAAUCAAACAAUGCAAGGUCUGUCAUUCUCAAAACCGCAUAUGGAAGCUUCAAACCAAUAGUACCAGAGACUCAGAAUAUUUAACUUGAAAAAUAGGUAUGAGAACAACUUUUGCGACAAAGAUGAGACGGUGCAUAUGGGACGAAGAUGGGGCCAGUGCAUCUGAUAUCAGAAUCGUUGCGGGUGAGUGAGAUCGCAAAAUUGCAAGAUUUUAAUAUCUAGAUCGAGAUCUUGACAACCAUGCCAUUUGCCAGAAAAAUUGACAGACAGAGUGAUGGCAGGCAGGAACUAUGGCGAUAGCGAUGGUUGCUGGAACUGGCGCCUGCCAGAAAAGGAGGAGAUCACAUUUGACAAGAGAAAACCAUAUUACAUUCUCAAACUUUUGGAUUUGGAAACUCGGUAACAGAAUAGCGCCUACUGCCUGGACAGGUCACGGAGGAUCGAACCAUGCUCUAGAUAGUAGAUACCAUGUUGAAAUCAUGAGAUUUCAUACAAAACAUUAAACACUAACCCCUAUUCAUAAGAAUACAUAGAUUCAAUCCUAAAUAAAUAGAAAAAUCAAGAAAGAAAUAAUCAUAAUAAUAACUAAGAGAUAUGGAAAUUAAUCCUAUGACAUAAUCUAAUAUAUC